GCGGCGGCGAUGGCCAUGGCGAUGCACCGGGCGGCCGGGGGGCACCGCGCCGAGCCGCGCCGCCGCCCCGCUGCCCUCGCAGCCGGCCCGUAACCAGCGGGCUGGGCGGGGGGCCCCAUGGGCCGGGGCUAGGCCGGCGGCGGGGGCGAUGCGGGCGGCAGGAUGCCGCGGCUCCCGGUGAAGAAGCUCCGGAAGCAGCUGAAGCUGCUGCUGCUGCUGGUGCUGCUCACCUUCGCCGUCUGGUUUACCUACCUCCACAUCAGCCUGGUGCGCCAGGGCCGCGCCCUGCGCCUUCCCUUCGCCUACGGCAGAGAUGGCGAGCGGCCCGGGGAGGUGACGAGUCCCGGCAGGCGGCCGGCGGCGCAGGCAGCGGCACGGCGCGGCAGGGCCGAGGACUCCAGCGAGAGCCGCGAGGAUGAGCCCAUGAGCGAGGGGCAGGACCUGGAUGGCUGGUUUGCCCGAGGCCCCGACCGGCCCCCCCCGCGCCCCCUCAACCUGACCCGGCAGCCCCUGCCCUGGAGCCAGCAGUACAAGGGGAAGGCCAACCUGCACGUGUUCGAGGACUGGUGUGGGGGGGCCGUCCGGCACCUGCGCAAGAACCUGCACUUCCCACUCUUCCCACAUACCCGCACCACGGUGAAGAAGCUGGCUGUGUCACCCAAGUGGAAGAACUAUGGGCUCAGGAUCUUUGGCUACAUUCACCCCUUCAAGGAUGGGGAUUUCCAGUUUUCUGUGGCAUCGGAUGACAAUUCCGAGUUCUGGCUCAGCUCGGACGAGAGCCCGUGCAACGCGCGGCUGGCUGCGUUCGUGGGCAAGCUGGGCACUGAGUGGACGGCGCCGGGGGAGUUCACCAAAUUCAGCUCCCAGGUGUCCAAGCCCCUGCGCCUCAUGGCCUCCAGACGUUACUACUUCGAGCUGCUCCACAAACAGGACGACCGAGGCUCGGACCACGUGGAAGUUGGUUGGCGAGUUUUCCUCCCCAGCUUGAAGUUUGAAGUGAUCGACUCCUCCUACAUCUCCCUGUACACGGACGAGGCGUCCCUGAAGAUGAACCAUGUGGAGCACAUCCCGCAGAGCCCGGCCAGCCACAGCGGCGGCCGCCUCUGGGACGCGCACGGGGCCGACAUGCUGAGACCCGACCCCAGGGACACCUUCUUCCUCACCCCCGCGAUCGAGCCGUCCCGCGUGGAGAACGUGCUGGUGCCCUGCGCCUACAGCCCCAGCUACGUGGUGAAGGAUUUCCCCAUCGCCCGCUACCAGGGCCUGCAGUUCGUCUACCUCUCCUUCGUGUACCCCAAUGACUUCACGCGCCUCACACACAUGGAGACGGAGAACAAGUGCUUCUACCGGGAGUCCCCCCUCUACCUGGAGAAGUUUGGUUUUUACAAGUACAUGAAGAUGGAUGAGGAGGAGGAGGAUCCGCGCCAGCGCGCAUUCCUGUUCCUGGGCGCAGACAAUUUCCUGGAGGAUGAGGAUGAGGAGGAGGAAGGGGUGGACAGCCCGGAGCCCACAGACCCAGCUCCCCAUGCCAAGAAGAGCUUUGGGCCGGUACCCAAGGGGAAGGAGGCGCCGCUGGUCACCAGGGCUGACAGGGAUGACCUGGACUAUGACAGCUUUGGGCAGCGGCAGGGCCGGGCCGAGGACAGCACACCCGGGCAGGCGGGGGCAUGGAGCCUGGCCAGCGCCAGCCCGGUGACCAUCCCUGUCCCCGCGGGGGACACGGACCCCGCGCCCCAGCAGCUCCGUGGGCGGGUGCUCAGCUGGUUACCACAGGAUCCCAUCAAGGGCGAGGAGGAUGAACUGGGGCUGCUGGCAUCUCCCAAGCGUGCCGGGGCGCUGAGCAUCCAGCCCCACCUCUCUGCUCCCAUCUUUGGUGGCAAAGCCAAAGCGCCGGGUCCCAGCAAGGCUGCAGCACCCAGGGAGGACAAAAAGCCCCAGAAAGCCCCGGAAAAGGUUUACAUAACCAGGCUGCAGCCAGGGAAGCGCAAAGCCCCGGCCCAGGAACCAGCCUUCCCCGGCAUCUUCCUCUACCCCAAGGCUCUGAGGAAGGUCCAUCUCCGCUCCAGGGCCCCCCAGAAACACCCUGUGGCCCCCAGCAAGCUCCGGGCCCCCCCUGGCCGCCACAGCCCCUGGCUUCUCAGCACCAUCUCCAGGGACAGGGACCCUGCCCGGCGCCACGGCAGCAGGAGGUGGGAGCGUCUGUCCCGGCUGGCGAUGGAGCGGCGGGGGCUGCCCGGCCUCCUGGCCCUGGGCACCGAGGGGCUCUUCAGCCAGGAGACUCGCGAGGACACGACGCCUGCCCUGGGCAAGACAGCGGCCACUGCCGAUUACAACUCGUCUGAGGCCACCCGCUCGGAGGGGACGCGGGUGACGUCCUUUCUGAAGAUGUCGGAAACAACCGCGUCCCAGCAGGAGGAGGGAAAGGGCCCGGAGGAAGGGGAGGAGGAGGAGGUGUCAGACUACAGCUACGAGGCUGGGGAGCUGCAGCCAGGCUGGCUGGAGGACUCCAUCAACUGGCAGAGGACGUUCAGCGUCAGCUCGGUGGACUUCGAGCUCCUGCGCUCUGACUGGAACGACCUGCGCUGCAACGUCUCGGGCAACCUGCAGCUGAGCGAGAGCGAGGUGGUGGACGUGGUGGCCCAGUACAUGGAGAAGCUCAAUGAGAAGAACGGCGGCAUCUACACCCUCCUGCGGAUCGUCAACGUGGAGAAGCGCCGGGACACGGCACGGGGGAACCGGUACUUGCUGGAGCUGGAGCUGGCGGAGCGGGGCCAGCGCACGGUGCGGCUCUCCGAGUACGUCUACGUCCUCCUGCACCAGGGCCAGCGGGACAACAGCGCCGAGGCCAAUGCCGAGGGGCCUGCCCCGGGGGCCACCGAGCAACCCCCUGGCACCUGGAGCGUCCCCUACGGCAAACCCGUCCUGUGCCGGCCCCUGCGGCUCAGCUGGCGGCAGGACGUCAUGGUGCACUUCGUGGUGCCCGUGAAGAACCAGGCCCGCUGGGUCCAGCAGUUCAUCUCCGACAUGGCCCACCUGUACGGGGCCACCAAGGAUGCCAACUUCAACGUCAUCCUGGUGGACUUUGACAGCGACGACAUGGACGUUGAGAAGGCCCUACGGGAUGCCAGGCUGCCCCGGUACCAGUACCUGCGGCGCACGGGGAACUUCGAGCGCUCGGCUGGGCUGCAGGCUGGCGUGGACACGGUGGAGGACGGGCACAGCAUUGUGUUCCUCUGCGACCUGCACAUCCACUUCCCCGCCAACAUCCUGGACAGCAUCCGCAAGCACUGCGUGGAGGGACGGCUGGCCUACGCGCCCAUCGUCAUGCGCCUGGGCUGCGGCAGCUCCCCGAGGGAGCCCAACGGCUACUGGGAGGUGAAUGGCUUUGGCCUCUUCGGCAUCUACAAGUCGGACUUUGACCGUGUGGGAGGGAUGAACACGGAGGAGUUCCGGGACCGCUGGGGCGGGGAGGACUGGGAGCUCCUGGACAGGGUCCUGCAGAGCGGGCUGGAGGUGGAGCGCUUGCGUCUCAGGAACUUCUACCAUUACUACCACUCCAAGCGCGGCAUGUGGAACGCCCGCAGCAAGAAGCCCCCCAAGGACUAGCACCCCGAGCCCGGCCACUGACUGCCCCGCGCCCGGAGCCAGGUCACCGCGGUCCUCGGUUGUCCCCAGCCUCCGCCGCCACGCUCGGUGCUGGCACGGAGGGCGCCCGUACGCAAACCGCGGUCAUUUUGGGGAGGGGGGAGUGGGGAGGGUGAAAGUGGGUGGUGAUUUUUUUCUUAAGGGUCUAAUUUCUUAGUCAGAAAUGAAUUUAUUAACUCAUUAGCAGCAGGGCAAGGGGCAUCCUGCGGUCGGAGGAUAAGGCCUCCGUGGUGGUCCCAGGGCUGGGGGUGCCUGCAUUCUGCUGGCUCUGCAGCCCUUCUGUUGGGUCAUCCCCCAAAACACACCCUGUCCCCGUGCCAGGCCGGGAGCUGAGCCCCAUUUUUGGAGGUGUGAGCCCCUGGGGCUGCCCAAACCCUCCUGCCCCGUCCCAGGCAGCCCCUGUGAAUGGGAGCAGGGGUUCAGCUCUGCCCUGCCCCUCGGGGACGUGGGGACACGCUGCUGUGACCCCGCGGGGACAUGGUGACACGCUGCUGUGACCCCGUGGGCCCCAUGGCGGGACGGGCUGGCAUUGCCUGUGCCCAGGGAAACUGGGGUGGGCUGGGAAAGGGCAGAGCCCGGAGCCGGUACGGGAGCAGGGGAGAGCAAACGAUGUUUCCAAGCUAAUUUCUGUGAAAUUAUGAAGUAGGAAGCUGUUUUCAGGAAGUUUUGUCUGUUUGGGGAUUUUUUUUUAUUCUUAAAAAAUAAAAUCGAUGUCUUGGCUGGGA